AUGCAGAUAGAGAUAGAGAUAGAAGACGAGGCUAUAGUUGAGAAGAAGAAUGAAGAUGCUGAUAAUGUGCAACCUGCUUCAAAGAAUAAGUCGAAGAAGAAGAAGAAGAAGAAAAACAAAGAGAGUCGCUCUAAUGUGGUUGCAAAGGCUGAAACCACUCUGGAUGAAACUUUGGAAGCACUUUCUCUCGAAGCUAACUCUAAGCAAGAGAAGGCUCAGGAAACUCAAGCACACUCCGAUUCCGCGAGAAAGGCUUCUUCUUUACGGUCUGUGUUGGAAAUAGAAACCAAGUAUCUGAAUCUUGAAAACGAGUUGAGGAGAAUGUAUGGCUCAAAGGUCGCCAGAUCACUCGAGAGCAGCAGUCAAGGUGGUGGUAGCUCGAGACAGGGACGAGGUGGGAGACGUGGAGUCCAUCACAUCGCGAAGACGGUUUUGAUAACUCCAAUGGAGAACUGGUCUCGCUGGGAUCGCUCUUUCUCAAUGGAGUUUCUAGAGACUAAAGAUGGAUACAACUACUUCAGAUAUACCCAUUCAUCCUCAUAUGAGCAGGCUCAGAGGGUAUUUCAGGCCGCACAAGAUAGUCACGAUCUAAAUGGCGUAGCAAGUGUACUUAUAAACCAUCCUUACCAUAUCGAUUCACUUAUAACUAUGGCGGACUACUUUAGGUUUUCCGGUGAGCAUCAAAUGGCUGCUGAUGCCAUCGGAAAGUGCUUGUACGGUUUGGAGCGCGCGUGGCACCCAAUGUUCACUCCGUUCCAGGGUAACUGCAGGCUGAAGUUUACUCACGAGACGAACAAGCCGUUCUUCAAGACGCUUUUCACUUACAUGAGUAACAUGGAUAGGCGUGGCUGUCAUAGAUCAGCCUUGGAGGUAUGCAAACUCUUGCUUUCUCUGGACACAGACAAUCCAGUUGGUGUGCUGUUCUGUGUGGACUAUUUCGCUUUGAGAGCGGAGGAGUAUGCGUGGUUGGAGCAGUUCUCGGAGGAGUACCAAAGCGAACACUCCUUAUGGCUCUUCCCGAAUUUCUCGUAUUCGCUUGCUAUAGCUCGUGUUUACCUCGAGAAAACGGAGUCUUCCUCUUCCUCUACUCAUGUAGAUACUUCAAAGUCGAGCUCUUUAGAUCUCAUGAUGCAAGCUUUGAAGCUUCAUCCGACAGUAGUCAAGAAACUAGUGGACAAGGUGCCUUUAAAAGAUCAGGCAUGGACGAAGAUACUCAAACAUUCCUACUUCCGAUCAGAUCAGUCGAAGAACCCGUCCUUGGAUCACCUUAUCAACAUAUAUGUGGAGAGGAGUUACCUUAUAUGGAGGCUUCCUGAUGUCCAGAAACUGCUUCGGAGUGCCGCUGAUAUAGUCAUCAAGUCGCUGGAAGAAAACGAAAGUGAAGCAGAGGACUUCUUUCGUGCAAGGGAAGAAGCAUUCCCUGCUAAGUAUAACGAGUACUCUCAUUUAUCAACACAUGAUUUCUCUGAUUCGAUGCCGACUCUCCCACCAGAUAAUCUGCAGAAUUUUGUGGCUGAUCCGAGAAUGGGAGGAGAUCAAGUGGCUGCAGUAGGCGGCGGUGGUCAGCACCAACACCAAGAACCACCACCACCGCCACUUGAUGUGGCAAAUCGGAAUCCAGUCGGUGUGUUUUUACAGACACUUCUUCCAUGGAAUAAUCUUGGAGAUGGAAAUGCUGAUCGCCGACCAGACAACAAUGGCUAA